AGUUGUCUUUGCCGGAUGCUGUCGCCGAAUCUUGAUUUAGAGAAAGUUGGCGUUGAUGUUACAAUGUUAGGGAACGUAGUUCAACGAAGUGUGGCUCUUGCCGUUAAAGAGCUUCAGUUGAAAGGACUAAAAAGGAUACAUAUUCAGUUCGAUCCGUUUCAUCCUUCGACCCGCUCAAUUCGGGAUUUCGCGUUUAUUAUCAGUAGCGAAAAGCUUCGGCUUACUAAUCCGUCGUGUUCGGUUAAGAAUCAUAUCGUCUGUGACCGUUCUCCGCCUACAAUUGACCUCACAGCUAUUAACGGGAAAAAAUAUCGUCUGCUAGCAGAGCAUCUUACUGUACUUGAGCUGAUUCAACAGCUAGGCGAUAUUUGCACAAAAUACGGUUCUAAGCCGGCAGAGCAGGAAUCUAAUUAAAAGAAAUUAAGAGAUUGAAGGUCCAGAGCUGAAGAUCAUUUUUACUUAUAAAUUUCAUAGUUUUCAAAGCAUACCGAAGUAAAUCAGUAUAUUUAUUGUGCUCUAGUCGCGCAAAAGUAAAUAAGUUGCUGGUUGCACUCGUUCUGCAACAUAAAAGUCGCUGUGCAGUCGGUCGAAAAGCAUGCAUGUAAUUGGGCCCAAUGAAAAUACACAGUAGCAUACGUACUAACAUGCUGUAAUAGUAAUUGAAUGGUAAUUCUACGGCUAUGAAAUAAAAAUUAUAUUGACUAA